AUGCACAAGGGAAUUACACUCAUCUUGUUAAUUGGUUUGCUGGCAUGGACAUAUCAGGCCAUCCAGCCUCCACCUCCCAAGGUCUGUGGAUCUCCUGGUAGUCCUCCUGUUACAGCAACUAGAAUAAAACUGAGGGAUGGAAGGCAUUUGGCCUACAAGGAACAUGGUCUAUCAAAAGAAAUGGCCAAACAAAAGAUCAUCUUUGUUCAUGGCUUUGCCAGUUGCAGACAUGAUGAAGUCAUUGUGGCGUACCUCCCCCCGGAAGUUGUUGAGGAACUAGGGGUAUACAGUGUGUCCUUUGAUAAACCAGGGUAUGGAGAAAGUGAUCCUGAUCCAAGGCGAACGCUAAAGAGUUUGGCCCUUGACAUCGAAGAGCUUGCUGAUCAGUUGAGACUUGGACCCAAAUUUUAUAUAAUUGGAAUUUCUAUGGGAGGCCAAUCUGUGUGGGGCUGCCUAAAGUACAUACCUCAUAGACUAGCAGGAGCAACGCUACUGGCACCAGUUAUCAACUAUUGGUGGCCUGGCUUUCCCGCCAACUUAUCUACAGAAGCAUACUACCAGCAGCUUCCUCAAGACCAAUGGGCCCUGCGUGUUGCUCACUAUCUCCCAUUCUUGGUCUAUUGGUGGAACACUCAAAAGCUUGUUCCUGCAUCCGCUGUACAAGCCCGUAGACCUGAAAUUUUCUCCCCUCAAGAUAUCCAACUCCUACCUAAAAUUGCUUAUAGACACAAUCACAAGGGAUUUGUAAGUCAGCAAGGAGUAUUUGAGUCCUCGCAUCGUGAAAUGAGGAUUGGUUUUGGUAAGUGGGAAUUAGAUCCCCUUGAUAUCGAGUCUCCUUUCCCAAACAAUGAAGGCUCUGUUCACCUUUGGAUGGGGGAUGAGGACGGCUUAGUACCAGUUAUUCUUCAACGCUACAUUGCCAAAAGACUUUCAUGGAUUCAGUACCACGAAUUACCAGGUGCAGGCCAUUUGUUUCCAUAUGCUGAUGGAAUGAGUGAAGCUAUCAUAAGGGCCCUUCUGGCUGGACAGAAGUAGCCACCUUCAGCGAAAUAGGGCAGGAUGAUCCUGCUGU